UUCGCCUUCGCUCUCCUUCCCCAUCCACCACCAUACUCUUUGCGCGACAAUGGCUGUAAAGAACCAAGCCCACGGCUACGAGUUUGGCGGCCCNNUCUGGGUGCCAUUGGCAUCUCGUUCGUGCUACCCCUCGUCUGCUACAUAUUCGCUUUCCUCCUCAACGAUGUUUCCGGCUGUCCUCCUCCAUCAUUGACCGAUCCCUCCACCCUUACACUCGACAAACUCAAGCAAGAAGUUGGAUGGCCUGGUUUCGCUGGACUCCUCAACACCCAGUCCGUUGUCGCAACCCUUGGCUACUACACUCUCAGUCUCGCUCUUCAAGCUUUCCUGCCUGCUCAUGAGGUUCAAGGCGUCGUUCUGGCCUCAGGAGGCCGUCUGAUCUACCGCUUCAACGCCUUUGCCUCGGCCAUGUUCAUCCUCACAGUCGCCGCCGCUGGUACCUUCCUCCAGGGCGCCGACUUUCCUCUCUGGACUUUCAUCAACCAAAAUUACAUCCAGCUUCUGACCACCAACAUCCUCAUUGGCUACUUCCUGGCCACCUUCUGCUACAUCCGCUCUUUCUCUGUCAAGCCCAAUGACCCCGACAACCGUGAGCUCGCUCAGGGAGGCGCUACUGGCAACAUGAUCUAUGACUGGUUCAUCGGAAGAGAGCUCAACCCUCGCGUACAACUCCCCAUCUUUGGUGAGGUCGACAUCAAGGCUUUCAUGGAGCUGAGACCUGGUCUCCUUGGCUGGGUCUUGCUUGAUCUGGCCUUCGCCGCUCGUCAAUACGGCACUUACGGCACUGUCACCGACUCCAUGUAUAUUGUCGUCGGUACUCAGGCUUGGUACGUUCUUGAUGCCCUGUGGAACGAACCCGCCAUCAUGACCACCAUGGACAUUACCACCGACGGUUUCGGCUGCAUGCUUGCCUUUGGCGAUCUCGUCUGGGUUCCUUUCAUAUACAGCAUCCAGGCUCGCUAUCUCUCUAUCCACGCCGUCCAGCUUGGCUGGGCAAAGGUCGCCUUCAUCAUGGCUGUCCAGCUGACUGGCUACUACAUCUUCCGCUCUAGCAAUGGCGAGAAGAACAAGUUCAGAACCAACCCUAACCACCCCGAUGUCAAGCACCUCGAAUACAUCGAGACUGCCCGUGGAACCCGUCUCUUGACCUCUGGCUGGUGGGGAACCGCCCGUCACAUCAACUACCUCGGCGAUUGGGUCAUGUCGUGGGCAUACUGCCUUCCUACCUGGCUUUCUGGUUACGUUGUGCACACCGUUGCUCUUACUGGCGACAAGAUCAUCAGCCAAGGACCCAAUGGCGAGAUGGCUGGCUGGGGCACACCCAUCACCUACUUCUACAUGCUCUACUUCGGCAUCCUCCUCAUUCAUCGUGAGCGCAGAGACGACGGCCACUGCCGUGCCAAAUACGGCAACGACUGGGACCGCUACUGCUCCAUCGUCAAAUGGAAGAUCUUGCCAGGUGUCUACUAG